AUGGGGUUUGCUGCGAUCUGGAACUCUCACCCUAAGAAGUACGGCCCUGGUUCCCGCACCUGCCGUGUGUGUGGAAACUCGCAUGGGCUAAUCAGGAAGUAUGGUUUGAACUGCUGUAGACAGUGCUUCCGCAGCAACGCCAAGGAAAUCGGAUUCAUCAAGUACCGUUAAAGAUCCGGUGUUUGCUUAUAUGUGCAAUCAUUUGGUGUGUUUUAAGCUUUUGAGACUUUCAUAAUGUAAUGGAUCUUAUAAAUGUUUUAUGAUUUAUGCAAGACAUUUUGAGUUGUUUAACAUUCUAGCUUCCUUGUUUUAAUCCAAAUUCUUGGUUCUGCAAUUUGAUCAUCUUAUAGAUUUGGAGUUUCUCUACCAUUUUGACCAUAAUCUCCAUGUAUAACCGGGGAAGAAAU